AAUACUCUUUAUUUGAUGUCUUCGUGUCAUUGAUCAUUGAUCUCAUGGCCACUUUGCUUAAAAAGUUCCCACCUGUGAUGUAUCAUUCGCUCCCGAUAAGAAACAGUAUUUGCAUGUAUUCCGCAUUCCUUUGGCACAUAUUUUAUAAGGCGUGGCAGUUUAAAUCAAAUACAACAGAUGUUUACCAAAACACCCUCACCCUUCAGCACGCUCAAAGCUUUGCUUUCCAAAUAAUUUUCACUUCAACCGGAAGUGGCAACAGUGUCGCGGCAAACCCAGGCCGUGGCUUCUGAAACCGCUCUAUCAAUGCACCUGUCCGGCCAUUCCCAGUCUGCGUAGUGUGCGGGUACACUUGAGUACUGGAACAGUUACAAGGAGUAGUACUGUAGCUGAGGAGGAGCGAAAGGCGGAAGUAAGACUGGAGAACAUUACUGAGCGCUAGUAGACAGUAGCAACGACUUCGAAGAGGAAACUGAAAAGGCAACAGGGGUAGCGUCUUCCAUGGGCAUGUGUCGGUAGCAGCUGCGGUGUAUUGGUGGCUCUGUGGGUUGGUAUUGGUGCUUAUUUGGUGGCUGCGCUGUAAGACUUCAGUUUUUUUCUGUUGUGGUGGUUUGCUCAAGGGAGUCAUCGCCAUGGGAUGCUGUAGCAGCACUCAGAGCUCACCUCGUGAGUGGAAGCCUCUGAAAGAACACAGCUGCACUGACAUCCCUUGGCUGCUAAUAUUUAUUUUGUUCUGCAUUGGAAUGGGCUUUAUAUGUGGCUUUUCAAUAGCUACUGGAGCAGCAUCCCGCCUGGUUUUUGGGUAUGACAGUUAUGGAAAUAUCUGUGGUCAUACAAACAAAGCUGUAGAAGGACUAAGUCAUAGUGGCCUAAAUCACAUUGGAAACAAGUAUGUCUUCUUUUUGGAUCCCUGCAAUUUGGACCUGGUACACAGGAAGAUUAAAUCCAUUGCUUUGUGUGUUGCUGAAUGUCCCCAAACUGAGCUGAAAACAUUGUCUGAUGUUCAGAAAUUUGCUGAAACAAACAAAUCAUAUCUGUGUUCCUAUGAAAUAAACACAUCUCAAUAUACGUCAAGCAGUUCAAAGAGCUUUUGUCCUGCAGUUCCUGUUCCAGCAAGUGUGCCUGUUCCACUCUUCCAUCGCUGUGCUCCUAGGAACAUUUCCUGCUAUGCCAAGUUUGCAGAAGCCCUGAUCACUUUUGUCAGUGACAAUAGUGUCUUGCACAGGCUGAUUAGUGGAGUAAUGACCAGCAAAGAAAUAAUAAUGGGACUGUGCGUGUUGUCAUUAGGUCUGUCUAUGAUACUGAUGGUGGUGAUCAGAUACAUAUCUCGAGUUCUAGUUUGGAUCUUAACAAUCCUUGCUAUUUUGGGAUCUCUUGGUGGAACCGGUGUGUUGUGGUGGCUUUAUGCUAGCCAUAGACAAUCCCUUGAUGAAUCUUUGCCACCCAGUGAACUUCAGAUAGCCAAAGAUAAUGUCUAUGCUCUGAUGGUAUAUGCUAUUGCUGCUACUGUUUUCACGGUGAUUCUUUUGUUGAUCAUGCUAAUAAUGCGCAAAAGAGUCGCUCUCACCAUUGCCUUGUUCCACGUGGCAGGAAAGGUUUUCAUUCACCUUCCCUUGCUUGUCUUCCAACCAUUUUGGACAUUUGUCGCCCUCAUCUUCUUUUGGAUUUACUGGAUCAUGGUGCUGCUGUUCUUGGGCACUGCAGGUGAUCCUGUAAAGGAUGAACGAGGUUUUGUUGAGUUUCGUGUUUCAGGUCCUUUACAAUAUAUGUGGUGGUACCAUGCUGUGGGUUUGAUUUGGAUUAGCGAGUUUAUACUGGCUUGUCAACAGAUGACUGUAGCUGGUGCAGUUGUAACUUACUACUUCACAAGGGAAAAAAAGAAUCUGCCAUUCACACCUAUUUUGGUCUCGGUGCAGCGCCUUAUUCGAUACCAUCUUGGUACAGUUGCUAAGGGUGCUUUCAUUAUUACCUUAGUGAAAAUCCCUCGAUUGAUUCUUAUGUACAUCCAUAGCCAGUUGAAGGGAAAGGAAAAUGCAUGUGCUCGGUGUAUGCUGAAGGCAUGUAUCUGUUGUUUGUGGUGUCUGGAAAAAUGUCUGAACUUUCUAAAUCAGAAUGCCUACACUGCAACAGCUAUCAACAGUACCAAUUUCUGUACUUCUGCAAAAGAGGCUUUUGUAAUCCUGGUAGAGAAUGUGCUGAGAGUGGCAGCAAUCAACACAGUUGGAGAUUUCAUGCUCUUCCUUGGAAAGGUUCUGAUUGUUUGCAUCACAGGUUUUGUUGGUGUUCUGCUGCUGCAUAACCAGAAUGACUACACAGUUUGGGUGCUUCCUCUAAUUAUCGUUUGCCUUUUUGCCUUUCUGGUGGCUCACUGUUUCCUUUCCAUCUAUGAAAUGGUUGUAGAUGUCCUCUUCUUGUGCUUUGCCAUUGACACAAAACAUAACGAUGGAAGCCCUGGUCGAGAAUAUUAUAUGGACAAAGCUCUAAUGGAAUUUGUGGAGAGCAGUAGAAAGUCAAUGAAAAACUUGAGUGGUGGACGAGGCACACGAGCAGAUGGCAGGGAACUGAAGCCAAUGGCCUCCGGAGCAAGUUCUGCUUGAUCAUAGCCAACCAGUGUGGACCACUAAACAUUCCUAAGAGCAAAAGAAAAACUCCACAGGGUUUUAAUGCUGCUGUUGGUUCCAGUAUGUUUAAGAAUACAUAGUGGAUGCACUUGACUUUUUGUAUAAGGUGAUUUUUUAUAUGGAAAUACCAUGAAUUAUUGUACAUAUUUUUUAAGAGUAAAUACAAAAGUUACCAGUGACUUUUGAUUAACAGAGAUAUUGAUAUUCCAGCCCAGAUAAAAUCUUUCUUCCACAAGGACUUUUACAGUUGGAAACCAUGGAGUACAAGAGCUAUUUAAAAUGUGGAACUGAUGCCUGAUAUUUUCUGGAAAGCAGCAUUUACAUAACCAUUUUCUUGUAUAUCACAACUCGAGUGUCAAAAAGUACUGUUUUCUUCACUUGUGUCUGAGGGCAGAAGGUAUACUUCACUUAUUGCCAUAACAGAAAUGAUUUACUGCAGCUAGAAUUUAUGAAGUCUUAUAAUGUUUGCAUCUGGAAGUUCUGUAACAUUUAGUGCCAUAUGGAUGCAGCCCAGGACGCAAUAUUGAAGGGUUCCACACUUCACGAUUUCUGCCAUCAUUUUAUCAUGCCUUUUGGUAUAACUGGUGAAUCUGCAUUUUUAGUGGCUGUUUAAUUUCAAAACUGAAUGUUACACAGUUUUCUAUUUUCAUAGCCUUGAAGUCCACACCAGGUUUCAUAGUAUCUGUGCAGAUAAUGCUGUGCAUGUGUGUGCACACAUUAAAGCCAACACACAUGCUCUCUGAGGGUAAGAUGACCCUUUUUAAGCAAUACAAGGGCAGUACAGUGUGCUGCUUUUCUGCUUUGUGUAGCAUAAAGCAAAGAUCAAAUCCACGCAGAAGUGACACAGCACGUCUUGUAUAAAAUGCCAUUAAUGUAUGGAUAUAGUUUCCCCGGAACAGAGAGUGCUCCAUAUACACUCCAGUCAGAACCCAGCAUGUCUGGAAAAUGCUGUAAGGCAUUCAGAACUGAGCUCAGUUUGUGAUGUAGUAGACAAUGAUACUUUUGUUACACUAAUGUAAAAUUUAUUUUCUGUCAUAAAAAUAGAAUGUCAUUUACAAAAUGUACUCGCGUUUAGAGGGCUACUUUUAACAAAUCAGGUGGUCUUUUUACUAAUUAAAAUAAAUAUCUAUGUUUUAUAAUCUUGUUGAAAUCAUUGUUGCAGGAGAUGCAUUUGUCAUUUUGAUGUCUUUUGCAUUUUUUUUUUUUUUUUUUUGAGAAAGGUCAGUUUGGUGAAGGAACAGUGAAGCCUACACAUGUAAACUUGGGUAUGAAGUUUCUCUUUCUUUAAAAUAUGAUAUUGUUAGAAGUUUCACUCUCAGGGUUCAAGGACAGAAACCUGCACCAGUGGGUUCCUGUCUGUUUCUUGUAAAAUUACUAUUUAUUCUCAUAAGAGAGAGAUUCCUGGCAUUUAAUUAAAGGUGAGCUGCCAAUUCUGAAAA